AUGAGCUACUACUUCGCCAUCAUCGGCACACAGGACAACCCGCUAUUCGAGUAUGAGUUCGGCACCAGCAAGCAAGGCGGCGACGGGCAGUCCCGCUUCACCGAGCAGGCGCACCACCUGAACCAGUUCGUGCUGCACAGCAGCCUGGACAUCGUCGAGGAGGUGCAGUGGAUGAACGGGCAGCUGCGGCAACGUCAAGUUCCUGUUACUACACCAGCCGUCGGCGACGGCGAGCGGGACCGCAAGCGCGACGCGUAA